AUGAUGUGCACGAUGGUGGUGCUCGAGGCUCUGCUGCCAAUAUCGAUGACGUCAAUGACGAUGACGAUGAUGAUGAUGAUGAUGAUGAUGAUGAGGAAGAACUCGGACUCGGACGUCUCUAUGUCCGAGUAUCGCACAAUGACCCUGGAUACGGCCGCCACCUCGGCCGUUCGUCAGCUAUGGUUGGUGCGGGAUCAGGUUACCUCGGACGCGGCUCUCGCCGAGCAGUUGGAGGCGGAAGAGUUUGACGAGUUCCGCAACCAGCGCGAUUGGGACGGCAUCCGCGAGGGCAUCACAGAUUCGGAGGCUGUGGCAACUCAGCUGGAGGAGGAGGAACGCCGCGCCUUCCAGGCUGCAGAGGCCGAGCGCCGCGCCGCCAUCGCCUCUCGCGAACAGGCCGACGCUGCCACCGCCGCCGCCAUCGCAGCCGCGGACCUUGCGAGCACUCCUGCUGCUGCCGCAGGCACCCUGCCGCUGGUUGCUCUCGAUGCGAGCGAUGACAACGCCGCCGUCGCCGGGCCAUCCGGCGGUAGCGCCGACGCCGACGCCGACGCCGACGCCGCUCGCCGCCGCAAGAAGAAGAAGCGCCGCAAGCGUGAGCGUCGCGGCUUCUACAACCCCGAGGACGACGUGAUGGCCACGGUCGAUGACAGCCAGCUGCCAGACCUGGCACCACCGGCAACGCUGGUCGACUCGUCGGAUGACGCCGACUUUGAAGUCCUCCGCCCGCCGCCGGAACUCCCAGAUUCGGACGACGACGACGGCGCGCCGGAGCGGUCAAAGUCCAAGGCCGAGCUCGAGCUGGAGAAGAAGCUGGAAGACCAGCGCCAGCUCAUCCUGGACUGGCGAUUCCUCUUCUUCAAGAAGCAUUCGCGUCCGGCGCUCUUUGCCGACAUGACCGACUCGAAAAAGGUCCGCAAGAUGCUCGCCAAGUACCGCUCCAUUCUGCGCAAGCUGAUCAAGAAGCGCAAGUGCUGA